UUGUCAUUGGGUGACAUUUAUGUAUGUCAUGUUUACCAACAAAUUUCUUGAAAAUCAUUGUUUGGAGAUUUUCACCUAAAUAAAAGACUAAAAUGAAGGAGACUCAGGAGUCCCAAGCCCAACCCGGUUCAAUCAGAGCCCACGUAUUGCAACUGAUGAAUAGAAAAGACAAAAUCGAAGAAGAAAUUCGAGAACUAACCAAUAUUUUGACUCAGAACGGCGUAGGAAUGAAUGAGCCCCUAGUGGACGCCGAAGGCUUCCCUCUAAACACUAUCGAUAUCUACCAAGUGCGCCACGCCAGACAUCGCAUAAUUUGCCUACAAAACGACCACAAAGCCAUCAUGAAACAAAUUGAAAAUGGAUUGCAAGGUUACUACUCGACCUCCUCCUCCUCGGACAACAUGGAUACAACCCCAAUCAGUACAGAACCCCCGAAAGAGGCGGUCAUCCACAAAAUCCCUUUUGCCAAAGUUACAUUGGUCAGCCCAGGUUCACCCGCUGAUUAUGCGGGAAUUCAUGUAGGGGAUGAAAUCGUGGAAUUCGGUUCUGUUAAUUCGACUAAUUUUAAGUCGGUGACCGAUAUAGCGACUGUGGUGCAGCAUUCUGAAGGGGCACAAGUCAAUCUGAAAUUAAGGAGGGGCGAGAGGUAUCUUACAGUCGGUUUAGUACCUAAAAAGUGGGUCGGAAGGGGUUUGUUGGGGUGUAAUAUUGUGGCGAUUUAAACGGUAGGUAAUAAUGUUUUUUGUUGUUGUGAUAAAUAAAAUAUUUAUAGUUUUGUCAGAUAA